AUGAGCAUCAUUUCCUCACUCUCCGACUCCAUCUACUUUCCAAGCAGCGGCACCAGCACAACGGUGUCUGGCGUUUCCGGUCUUCUAGUCGAUAGGAAAUGGUAUCGUACAUGCGAGGAUUGGAUCCGGUUUCCGCGACGUACAGCUCGAGGACGCAAUUGUGGCACCGGGCCGCGGCCGCUCAUGGACAUAUCCCUCCGGGUGUUGGCAGACAGCAUCUCUGAUGUGGAUGGCGAGGCACUGCAAGACCUCCCGCCAACGGCGAGAGAAUGGCUGUGGAAGGAGCUGACCGCGCGAAAUAUACCAUUCCAUGCCUGGAACUCACUCUCUCGCUGCAUGAAGGAGGAUGCGUUGCAAGAAGCAGUCGAACGGCUGUGUGACGCAAAACGCCGUGACGACGAGAUCACAAUCCCUAUGGAAGCCCAGCGAUACUGUCUCGAGAUUGUCGAUCCUCCGUGCGAACUCUCCGUCUACACGGAGCCGCUCUCAAGAUGCACAGACUGCCUAACCUACCUGACCAUCGACAAUAUCGAGCACUUCGACUCCCGUCAGCUGCUUUCCCUGGCUAACCUUCGUGGAUUGGCUGUUCUCGAGCUGAUCGAACGCGAAGACGCCGCAAGCGGUGCGAUCCAUGAUAGAGUGAUCAAGGGCUGGAGUGAGAUGAAGCCGGAACCGUUUGCUUCGUUGCGAGUCCUGAAGAUUGUGACAACGACAGAGGAUAUCUCGCAACAGUCGCUUGAGUAUGCGAUGCAUUUCCCCCGGUUGGAGAUCUUUGAUAUUGCGGGACCAAAUGCAUUCUCGUGGUUUAAAGUAGCCGAGCACAUUAGAGGAUGGAAGAAGGUGGCUUUCAAACUUCGGGAGCCCCAUCUUUUGACGUAUAUGCGGGCGUUUCUACCCGGGUCGGUCUUGCGUAAAGUUGAUCUCGCUGGCCUUGGUUAUCAUGAGGCUUUGACACUCAGGGACUUGAAGCUAGUGUUCGAGAACAGUAAAACUCCAAUCCAGAUCGUGUACCAUCCUCGAACAAGUUCAUCGCCUCAGAGUUUGGAACAGGGUGAGCAGGAAGAAGAGACGGGAGAGAAGAACGCGGCACAACAUCCGAUUGAGAACCCCUCCGGUGACUCUAGAAGUUGGAAGUUGGCAGCAGAAGAAUACAAACGCUGGUUCAAGCCCGCAAACUCUCCGUUACCGCCGGCGUCUACGCCGGAGGGGACGGAUAACGAUAUAUUCUGGUUUCUCGCAUUUCUCGACCAGAACAGCAGAAAGGCAGAUGACGAAGCCGGCCGAGUCCAAGCAGAGGCUGCCGGGAUUCCUCUACCGCGAGAGCGAUUUGACAACAGGCAAGACAUCACGCGGGAGAAGCACUUCGGACUUGCGGCCACGAAAACGCAAAGCGGUGAAUGUAGGAGACUUGUUGGCUACGCUGGAGGGCUCCUAGAGGGAACGGGGUAUGAGGCUUGGGGCUGA